CAAAGGUGAAUGCAUAUAAAGAAUGUGAUUCUGGUCUCGGGUUAAGUGUGAAUGUAGUUCAGCGUGAAUGCUCUAUUGGAAAAUGCAAUUUGAUAUAUACAGUGAGUAUAUGUCUGGAUUGUAGUAGAGUGGUGUAGAAGUGGGGUGUAUGGAAUGAAGAUUAUAGAUAUAGGAAUGUCUAGAGUGAGACAUCUAUGAUGUGUAUAUGGCAGCUUUCACGUAGAAUAUUUGGCAGCAUUAAUGGGAUGGUGUUAGUUGCAGAGAUAUAGUAUGGAAGGUGCUAUAUACAUUGGGUAUAAGACGAAAAAUGGUGGCUUUAUUUUUGGGGGUGUCUAGUGGUGGAAGAUACAUGGAAGGAUUCCAAGGUGCAGAAAGGAGGAAGGGAAUGAUUGAGAUGAAGUGGGUAUUAGUGGAGAAGGUUCAGUGAAAGUGCUCUUUUGAGAAUUUGCAAUAUGGUUUAUACAGCAAGUAUAUGAUAGUAUGAAUAUAGAUGACUUCAAAAUGUGGCUGUUGCAGCAGGGACAAAGAGAAUAGUAGAGAUGAAGUGGGUAUUGGUGAGAAGGCCUGAUCCUGCAAUGAGGUUUAUACAGUGAGUAUGUGCUAGUGUCGUUCGUAUGCAAGUGCAGAGAAAAGUGUGGGAUGCAAUGGAUGUUUGGGAAUAAGGGUAAUGUAGACAUGGCAGCCUGGUGUUUUUGAGGGUAAAGAAAAGGCAGUUUCAAUAGUUACAGAAGAAUCAGGACAAAGGCAACGAGCAGAAAAACGGGAUGAUAAUGGGUAUGGAGGUCAAAAAGGUGUGUUGGAUCUCUCAUUUCUUAGUCUUUAUUCAGUGCAUUUGUCUUUCAGGUUUUGUGCAUGGGAAUGCAGUGCACGAGGAGGUUCAUGCACUUUUAGCACUUAAAUCUAACAUAAUAGACAGCUUAGGCCAUCUCUCAGACUGGCAGUACACGGUUAAUAGCACGCCUUCUGUGUCUUGUUCUUGGAGUGGAAUCAGAUGUGACAACUUGUCCAGAGUGAUCAGUCUGGACCUGUCAUACAAAAACCUCAGUGGCACAAUUUCACAAGAGGUCCAACUUCUUUCCCACCUAGUCAGCUUGAACAUCAGUAAUAACCAGUUUGAUGGGCCAUUCCCAGAGACCGUCUUUAAUGUCUCCACCCUCAAAAGCCUUGACAUCAACCACAACUCCUUUAAUGGUUCCUUCCCGGCAGGCGUUUCCAGGUUGAAAAGUCUGGUGAAUUUUAGUGCUUACAGCAAUUCUUUCACAGGCCUUCUGCCAUUGGAGUUUGUGGAGCUUCAAGACCUACAAAGCCUGAACCUGGCGGGAAGUUACUUCAAUGGAAGCAUCCCCACCAAGUAUGGCGACUUUCGGAGCCUGCAAUACCUUUACUUGUCAGGCAAUUCCAUCUCUGCCUCAAUCCCUGCAGAGCUCGGCAGAUUGCAGAAGCUCAGACAUAUGGAGAUUGGGUACAAUACGUAUGUUGGAGGGAUUCCAUGGCAGCUUGGUAACAUGUCAAAACUGGAGUACAUGGACAUCGCGUCUGCCAACCUCUCUGGUUCCUUGCCUGUUGAAUUGGGUAAGUUAAAGUUGCUAAAUUCAAUGUUUUUGUUCCGAAACAAUCUGAGUGGAUCCAUCCCACGGCAGUUAGGGAAUCUGACCAGUUUGGAGUCCCUGGAUUUGUCUGAUAACAAGCUCACAGGCCCGAUUCCUGAGGAGUUUUCAAUGCUCAGAAGCCUGAAAUUACUAGGCCUGAUGUACAACAGACUCAGUGGAACCAUCCCCAACGGCAUUGGUGAUCUAAACAAACUGAAAACUUUCCUUAUCUGGAACAACUCCUUUACAGGAUGCCUCCCAGAGCAGCUGGGUAGGAAUGCCAGCCUAGAAUGGUUGGAUACUUCAUCUAAUAAAUUAACUGGGCCUAUUCCCCCUGAUCUUUGUGCAGGAAACAAGCUAUUUAAGCUUAUACUUUUCUCCAAUCAAUUCACAGGAGAAAUCCCAUCUAGUCUUACACAUUGUUCCACUCUGUGGAGGAUCAGGAUUGCCAGGAACAAUCUUAGCGGCCAAAUUCCUUAUGGCUUUGGAAGUCUUAAAAACUUCACUUACAUGGACUUCUCAAGGAACAAUCUCAGUGGGCAUCUACCAUCUGAUCUCUGUACUGCACCUAGAUUGCAAUACAUCAACGUUUCUUAUAAUUCUCUACAAGGUGGACUUCCUCCACAAAUCUUGGCUUCCCCAGGUUUGCAAAUACUCGCAGCAGCUCACUUAAACCUAUCGGGUAGACUUCCUUCUUUUAAAAAUUGCAAUGAAGUAUACAGGCUUGAAUUACAGGGAAAUAGAUUCUCUGGUAGUAUCUCGGAAGACAUUUUUAAGUGCCAAAAGCUCGUAAUCCUUGGAUUGAACCAAAAUGAGUUGACUGGAGCGAUCCCCCCUAAGUUAGCAAGUCUUCCGAGUAUCAGUGAAAUUGAUCUGUCCCAUAAUGCUCUCACUGGAAUGAUUCCAACAAGAUUUCAAAAUUGCACUACCUUGGAGUUUUUCAAUGUCUCUUACAAUCAUCUCUCAGGACCUAUUCCUUCAGAUGGAGUUUUCAAGAACAUCAGUGUAAGCAUUUUUACAGGAAACCAAGGUCUCUGUGGUGGAGUGCUGAUAAAUUCUCCAUGUUUGGAUUCAAAUGACUUUUACCCCACUUCUUAUCCAUAUAAUACCCGAAGCACUAGUAAACCAGGUCUGGUUGUGUGGGUGUUGGGAGGAAUCUUUGCUUUUGCAGUAUUUAUUAUAAUAGUUGGCACACGAUGUUUCUACAAGCAUUAUAAAUGGUACAUUUGUGGGGACAGAUAUAUGAGAGAAGAGCAAGAUGAAGGUCCGUGGAAAAUUACUGCUUUUCAAAGGCUUAACUUCACUGUAGAAGAUGUUUUGGAGUGCCUGAAGAACAAUAACAUAAUUGGAAUGGGAUCAGCUGGUACAGUAUACAGGGCUGAAAUGCCAGGAGGUGAAAUUAUAGCUGUGAAGAAGCUAUGGAAGGUUCAGAAAGAUGGAGGAAGGCGAAAAAGAGGGGUUUUAGCAGAGGUUGAUGUUCUAGGCACUGUGAGACACAGGAAUAUAGUUAGACUGUUGGGCUGUUGUUCCAACAAUGAGGAUACUCUUCUUCUCUAUGAAUACAUGCCUAAUGGAAGCUUGGCUGAUCUCUUGCAUGGAAACAAAGAAGCAAACAUGCUUGCAGACUGGAUGACAAGAUAUAAAAUUGCAGUUGGAGUGGCUCAAGGCUUGUGUUAUCUCCAUCAAGAUUGUUAUCCUGUAAUUGUACACAGAGAUGUGAAGCCUAGCAAUAUUUUGCUUGAUGCAAACAUGGAUGCAAGAGUUGCUGAUUUUGGUGUGGCUAAGCUCAUUCAAACUCAUACAGAGUCCACAUCUGUCAUUGCGGGUUCCUAUGGCUACAUUGCCCCAGAGUAUGCCUACACACUUCAGGUCCACGAGAAAAGUGACAUAUAUAGCUUUGGAGUUGUUCUCCUUGAGCUCUUAACAGGCAGAAGGCCUGUGGAUCCAGAUUUUGGAGAUGCCCUGAACAUUGUAGACUGGGUCAAGUCAAAAAUUCAGAGCAAGGAAGGCAUCAAGGAGGUCUUAGAUCAAAAUGUUGGAGCUUCAUGUUCCUCUGUCCAAGAAGAGAUGAUGCUAGUUCUCAGAGUUGCUCUCCUCUGCACUAGCAGGUGUCCAGCUGACCGGCCUUCAAUGAGAGAUGUUGUUACAAUGCUACAAGAGGCUAAGCCCAGAAGGAAAACAGUACUUGAUCUUCGAUUCUUGCAUCAACAGAGGUCCAAUCCUCCAUCUCAGGAGAGUAGUCCACCACCAAAAACACUAGUGUAGGCAACACAGAGGAUGUGUUGGUAUAGUAAAGGAUUCAAGGAAAUGUUAGGUAUAUUGGCAUUGGAUUGUUGUUGUUCUCAUUAUAUAGAGUUCAUAGUCCUGAGCUUUUUAAGUAGAUCUCUAAGACUGCAGAUUAGUAUUAAGUUCUACUUGUUUAUAAGGUCUUUGAAAUACAUUAUACAUCCUACAAUGCAGCCUGCCAUGUGCAAGUCCUAUGCUGCAGGAUCUUCAAUCUUUGUUAUCUUUGGAUUGGUAGUGUCAUAAAUCAUUGCAAGUUCUUUCAAUCCAAAAGAGGCAAGUCCAAUCAUAUGAAUAUAUAUGAAAUACACAGUUGACUCAA